AUGACUUGCUUACAACCAACAGGAUCAAAAGACAAUUUAAAAGAUGUACAAUGGUUGUGGAAGUCAAACUCAGAUCCAUGGUCAGAAUCAGUGCCAGCUGAAUGGAGUCAUUAUUCAGACGUGGAAAAUCUAAUUAUUGAAGGUGCAUUCUUAGAUACACAAUCACGAGUCACUUUAGAUGAUUAUUACAUUGAUUUUCAAGAUAAUCGUCAAGUAUCCAAUAUUGAUAAUUAUAAGCAAAGACCUGUUCAACGAGUCGUACGUAACCGAGAAGAUAAACAUUUACGAAAAGCACGUUUUAUGGAUCUUUCAACUACAUCGACACGUUUGUUCGGUGGGCAAUAUGGUUGGAUAUCACCAUUUAUCAUUGAAGUUCGCCGAGAUUUGGGUCUUAAACUUGAUGAUUUACCUUCGAAAAAGCCAAAUAUGAUUCCUAUGCUUGUUGAAAAAGCUGCUUGUGGUAUAAUUGACGAAGGAAAAUAUCUUCGAAAAAAACAAGAAGCUGAAAAAAUAGCUAAUAUGCUUAGAGAAAAAAAGAACGAAAGCAUGAAAGAAGUAUGGAAAUAUUGUGCUUAUCUUUAUUCUUUGGAAAGUUUUCUAUACAAAACAUUGAAUACAGCUAUGAGAUUCGUUGGAGACAAAGAUCAAGAAAAUGUAUGGAGAAGUAAAAUUCGUACAUUAGGUCCAUUUUGUUUACUACUUUGGGAUGAUCCAAUUAAUAUAAAAAUAAAAACUGAUAUGAUACUUUACCGAGGAGCUGAAUUGAAUCCCGAACAAAUCGCUAUCUAUGAAAAAAUGGCUAAGAAGCGCGACGAAUAUCGAUCAUUUCAAACAUUUUUAUCAUGUACCCGAAAUCGUCAAAAAGCAGAAGAAUUUGGUAAUACUUUAUUCAUCAUGGAAGUAAUAGGUGCUUUUAUCGCUGAUCUUUGUGAAUUAUCUGAAUAUCCUAAUGAAGAAGAAGAACUUAUUAUGCCAGGUGUUUGUUUUCGUGUUAAACAAAUAAAUAAAUAUAUAUUUUAA